AUGUCCGCUGAGGACUCUACCAACCCUACUGGCUAUGCAUACAAAGGAUUCACUGGCUCAUACCCAGAAGCCAUUGCGGCUGAUAGUCGCGGGUCUAUCGCGUACCGGAACUGCUUGUACGUUUCCUUUUCAUCGCACUACGCAUUUCUAACAUUCACAUCUGAGGUUCUAGCCUUAUACCUUGCUUUACAAGAACUGGGAUACACUCCAUGGCAUAUGUGCGAGCCUGUCGAAAAUCCAAAAGUCAUGUACAACCAAUGGACGGACGCAAUGAACCGCAAGUUCUUCAAUUCGAAGCAUCCUUACGAACGAGAGGAUUUCGACCGCCUGCGAGGCAAGUACGACGCGCUUCUCGACAUCCCAGCAUGCCUUUUCUGGGAUGACUUCAAUCGACUCUAUCCAGAAGUGAAAAUAAUCCUUACUACCCGCUCCGCCGACUCCUGGUUCAAGUCUGUUCACAAUACCAUCAUACCAUGGCUCCAAAAGCCAUCCCUGAGCAUCCUGCAAUAUUUCGAGCGUAACCGACUGGGGCCUGAGCUGCGCAUGGUCAAAAUGGCUUACAAGGUGAUCUGCAACAACGACUACUCCAACAAUUUUGCCAAGAGGUGCUUUCUGGAGCACAAUGACCGGGUGCGAAAGGGAGUGAGGCCAGACAAAUUUCUUGAGCUUCAGCUGGGGGACGGAUGGGAACCGUUGUGUGCGUUUCUCGGUGUUCCUGUGCCGGAAAUCCCGUAUCCUCGAGUCAACAACACGAGCGAGUUCAAUCAAGGGGCAAGUCAAGCCGAUGCAGCCAUUCUGGGCGGGAUAUUCACUACAUGGCUGGCGUAUUGUGUCCUUGUUCCAGGGGUUGUACUUGGACUAUUGGUUUGGAGCAACGGACAUAAUGUCAUUUUUUGA